CAACGUGAUUGCUCAUCUUGAAUGAGAUGAAUGAACCCAUGUGAGCCCUUUCCAUUGGUUCAUUCCGUUUAACAUUUACUUCAUUCAUCUCUGUUCUCAUUCUCUUACAAGAAAGUUGUCGAAAUAAUAAUAAUAAUAAUAAUAAUAAUAAUAAUAAAAAAUAAUAAAUACAUGGAUACUCAGCAAAUCCAAAACAGAGCUCAAUCGCAGCCCUCGGUCAUCAUCGUCGGUGCAGGCCUUGGUGGAUUGCUACUCGGUGCAUUAUUGGAGAGGAUUGAUGUUCCCUACCAGAUCUUUGAGCGAGCAAGAGAGAUCCGACCACUUGGAGCUGCAAUUACUCUUGGUGCAACCAUUCUUCCAGUCUUUGAGCAACUUGGCUUGCUUGAAGAACUUCAGAGUAUUUCAUUGCCGCUCCAAUCUGCUGUACUCUAUAAUGCAGAUAUGAAAGCGAUUGGAGCCAUGUCAGGCAAAGCACAAAAGGCUGCUGUUGGGUAUGAUAAUAUCCUGUUUGAACGGCCUAAACUAUACGAUAUCUUGCUACGACAGGUUCCUGCACACAAGAUUCAUCUCGGCAAAAAAGUAUUACGGAUUGAAGAGGAAGAAGGACGAGUGAUGAUCCAUUGCUCCGAUAACACAAGAUAUGAUGGUGAUAUCCUUGUCGGAGCCGAUGGAGCCUAUAGCAGUGUUCGGCAAAGCCUCUUCAAGAAUAUAUUGGCGUUCAGUAGUCGUGACAGUCUUGAAGGCAGUGGUCAUCGUAAAGGAGGUAGUAGUAGCCAUAGUAACCAACCAUCGUUGCCAAAGUCCGAUCAGGAGAGUCUUUCGAUCGGAUAUGUCAGUCUAGUGGGUGUAACGACCCCUCAAGACCCUGAAAAGUACCCACAGCUGAAGGAGAGUUUCGCACAUUUUUCACAAGUCUUGGGCAAGGAUAACCGCAGCUGGGGUGUCCGUAGUGUGGCGGACUACCGAGUUUGCUGGCUAGUCAGUAUUCAACUCUCCGAAACAGAAGCUAAACCCUACAAUUUCGAAAUUCGGGAUGGGGACCUGAGGCGAACGAGUCGAUGAUCAAGGAGUUUCGAAAUUUACGCAAUCCUUGGGGGGGUAC